CCUUUCUCCGUUUCCGGUCUUUAUUCUGUGAGUCGUAAUCCGACUCCGAUUCCUCAACAUCGUACCCGUCCAACGACCGCUCAGUCGCGGGGCCUCCGUCGCUGUUCUUCAUCCUCGCCUGAGCAGCAGGAGCACUCGUUAUCCCACUUCCUUCUUUUCUCUUGGCCUCGAGCUUCCUGGUCUUCCCCUCCCCUCUUCCUCUUCCUUCUCCCUGCCUGCGCUUCUGUCACAUGUCUGCGUCCGCCUCGGCAAGCUCUCCAACAUCUGCAGCCGGCCCCAGCACAUUGAGAGCGAACGGCGAGAAUGGUGCUGAGCAGAACAACGUCGUUAUCAAAGUUGGCAUGCUCGGAGACUCGCAGAUCGGGAAGACGAGUCUGAUGGUGAAAUAUGUUGAGGGUCACUUCGAUGAGGACUACAUCCAGACGCUAGGCGUCAACUUCAUGGAGAAGACCAUCUCAGUGAGGCGCACAUCCAUCACCUUCUCGCUGUGGGAUCUGGGCGGGCAGCGGGAAUUCGUGAACAUGUUGCCACUGGUGUGCAACGAUGCGGUGGCGAUCCUCUUCAUGUUUGACCUCUCAAGAAAGUCAACGUUGAAUUCGGUGAAGGAGUGGUAUCGACAAGCUAGGGGGUUCAACAAGACUGCAAUCCCCUUCCUGAUUGGUACCAAAUUCGACACGUUCUCGACAUUCCCGAGAGAUGAGCAAGAGGAGAUCACCAAGCAGGCGAAGCGAUUUGCCAAGGCGAUGCAUGCCUCACUCAUCUUCUGCUCAACCUCCGCAUCGAUCAACGUGCAGAAGAUAUUCAAGAUUGUGCUGGCGAAAGCGUUCGACCUUAAAUGCGUUAUCCCGGAGAUCGACGGCGUUGGCGAGCCGAUAUUGAUAGCAUUAGGUCUGGAAUGGGAUUCAGCGGGAAGCGCAAAAGAAUCAGAUACGUCAUGCGUGGACGAGCACAUGUCUGACUCCUCCGAUGGUCGAUUAGCCUACCACCACCAUGGUGCAAAGGCACCGGCCUCGACUGGCGAUCUCUCAAGGAGACCAACGCCAUAUGGGCAACAAGUGCCCUAA